UUGGCCUCCGCCAUCAUCCUCGCCGCACCGGCGUCCGGCAGCGGCAAGACCGUGCUGUGCGCCGGCCUUCUGGCGCAUUUCCGUAAGGGCGGCCGUGCCGUGCGAGCCUUCAAGGCGGGGCCCGACUACAUCGAUCCCGGCUAUCACCGCAUGGCCAGCGGCCACGACUGCGUCAAUCUCGACCCCUGGGGGAUGCGGCCCGAGACCCUCGCGCGCCGGGUGGCGGUACUCUGCGCGGACGCGGACCUCGUCAUCGGCGAGGGUGCGAUGGGCCUCUUCGAUGGCGCCCGCGACGGCACCGGGUCCACCGCCGACCUCGCGGCCGGCUCAGGCUCCCUGUGGUGCUGGUGGUGGACGCGCGGGGCCAGGGCGCCUCGGUGGCGGCGCUUGCCGAAGGCUUCGUCAAUCACCGCCACGACGUGGCGGUCGCGGGCGUCAUCCUCAACCGGGUGGCGGCGCGGCGCACGAACGGCUGCUCCGCAAUGCCCUCGACGCGCGAUCCAUCGCGGUUCUCGGUGCCGUGCCACGGUCGGACGCGCUGAGCCUGCCGUCGCGCCAUCUCGGCCUCGUGCAGGCCUGCGAGAGCGAAGGCCGUGGGUGGAGGACGCCGCGGCGGUCGUGGCGCGAUCGGUCGAUACGGAGGCGCUGGCAGCCCUGGCGCGCCCCUUACAGGCGGGACCGGCAGCGCCGGGCGCGGCGAUCCCUCCACUCGGGCAGAGGAUCGCGGUGGCACGCGAUGAGGCUUUCGGCUUCUGCUACGACGCGCUGAUGGAGGACUGGCGGAACGCAGGUGCGACGGUGGUGCCGUUCUCACCGCUUGCGGACGAGGCGCCCGAUGCGGAGGCCGACGCGGUCUACCUGCCGGGCGGCUAUCCCGAGCUUCAUGCGGGCCGCAUCGCCGGCGCCCAGCGCUUUCUCGCCGGGCUGCGGGCCGCGACUGGGCACGGCGCGGUCCUCUUCGGCGAGUGCGGCGGCUACAUGGUGCUGGGCCGGGGCCUGAUCGACGCCGACGGCCACCGCCACGGCAUGGCGGGGCUAUUGCCGCUCGAGACGAGCUUUCAGGAGCGCCGGCUCGCGCUCGGCUACCGGCAGGCGCGCCUCGCUGCGGACGGCCCCCUUGGCAAGGCAGGGACGGCCUAUUGCGGCCACGAAUUCCACUAUUGCCGCGUGGUGGCGGAGGAUGCCGGGCGGCCCCUGUUCGAGACCUGCGACGCAACCGGCGCGCCGCUCGGCGACGCCGGCAUGACCGCCGGCAUGGUCUCGGGCUCCUUCAUCCACCUCAUCGACCGGGCCUGA